AUGCUAAAAACACCUCCAGGCAUUAACAAGCGCGAAGGCUCGUCAAAAUAUAUCGAGGACGCUGGUGCUGUGUUUGAUUCGUUGUAUAAAAAAUACCUUAACACUGAAAAUAUUCAAAAGCAGGCGGAGACCUAUCUGCUCAAAUCGCUCUACAACAAGACAGUUUCAAAGAAAAAGGCCCCCGCUCCCGAGUCAGGCGAUUCUACCUCUGGGUUGGCAGACACCUCUCGCCCAAGUGCGCAGACCCCCAAGGGAGCAGUUGGCAGUAACAUCUCAAAACUAGUCGAUUAUUACCAGAAUUUGCCUCAGCACGCCAAGGGUUCCGGCGCUGAGCACAGCAAGUCGACCCCUGCAAAGCUGAACCAGAAGGUGAGCUUCGAGGACCAACAGCCUCCCCGUCCCCUAGCAAGUUUCAACAGCGCCAUCGGCAGUGUCACGGGCACUUCAGCCAGGGGCCUUAACGGUACAACGUCAAACAGUCCGCUCGCUGCGCACGUCAGUUCGUUGACCAACGGGUCGGUCUCAGACGACUUAAGCGACGUCAGCGACGACGUUCAACUAAACAGGAACUAUAUAAGGAUUCAAAAGGUACAGGACGACCAGAAUAGUGACAGCCCAGAGUUAAACAGAGUCAGUAAAAACGGCCGCGACAGUAAGGAGGACCCACUUGAAGGCAUAGAGGACUACUUCAGCUCACCGCCGACGAGUAAACGCUACAGCAGGUACUUCUACAACAUCUCAGCAAAGCGCAAGGACAGCCUGUACGUCUCCACGGUCUGCAUCCUAGUGCAGUCGCUGCUCUUCGUGUUCCUGCUCACAGGGUUCCUGCUCCUGAACACGUACAUAAUCAACCUGCCGCUGCGCAACUGCUUCGUCAACGUCUCAUUCCCCUUCCUGAUCCACUUCCUCCUCUUCUACGCAGUCUUCAACUACGCUGACGACUACCUGAGGAAGAAGCAGCUCAUGUACACCAACGACUUUAACCUGGACGUGGUGACGAGGCGUCUGAACCGCGAGAUCGCCUUCACGAACCUGAGUCGCGUCACAUUCUGGUUCGACAAGGCAGUCAUCGUUCUCGCAGUCGUCAUCGCCUGCUUUCCCUUCUCGGGCACCUAUAACCUGAAGCUGUGGACCUACACUGAGUACGUGUACAUGGUCCUCGUGUUCGUUUUCUUCAUUCUGCACGUACUCUACUCUCUCUAUUACUUCAACUUCAAGUUCAUUGAAUUAGUCUUUUCGAAAAGGAGCAGCAGGAGCGACAAUUACAGUGCUUCUAAUGAUGCUUCCGGGGAUGUCUCAAAUACGGAUGCGGGCGUUCCUAAUACUGCUGCGGAUGAUUAUAGUAUCGUAGAUGGUGUGGAGGUUGAGAGAAUGGAGCUGAAGAAGAGGCUGUACAAGUCUUACAAGAGCAGGAAGUUAUCCAACCCUUCAACAAAGAGUCGUCGAAGGCACACGCAAUCUAACCGAUGA